GACGCCCUCAAGGACUGUUGCAAAGAUGUCGCGAUGAGAUUCAGGGCAGACGGCGGCAUUUUCUGCCUACAGCGCUUCAAAGCUAAGUCGAAGGUCUCACUAAUGUUCCUGCGUGAGUCACUCUUUGCAGAUGACUGGGCACUCUUGGCUUACUCUGAAGAAGAUCUACGAGACAUAUUAAAUGAGCUUGUCACGGCAGCCAUUCGUUACGGCCUCACAAUGAGCAUUAUAAUAAAGUUCGGAUAUAACGCGCGCUGUCACUGGCUGAAAGAGCGUGCUCUAUCAGAGUAUAAAACGUAGAGAUGAGCUAAAAAAAGUCAUGCCAUCUGCCAAAUUGUACUAUGUCCGACCAGUUUCCCGGACUGCUCUCUAGCUUCUAUGAGAGUACGGAGCAUGCUGACGGCACUGUAUUGUUCGCUUUGGAAAUAAAGUUUGUUUUGAAAAUUGAAAGUAAUGCAUGGGGAAUUUAACGGAUUCGUGAUUAUAAAACAAAUAGAGAAGCCUUGAUUGUACCUUGUUAUGUUUAAAGCAAUUAGGAAGCGGCAAGAGCACUCAAGAAGUCGGGAGAAACACUUCUUUCUUGCUCUAGCUGCUUCCUGCGUGGUUAACAACGGAACAGAGCACAGUCAAGGCUUCUCUAUUUGUUAGUUAAAGAGCCCUAAGCAAUGUUUAGAUAAGCGAUGAAAACCUUCAAGUCGAACAAACGUCUGCUUCCUGGGUGGCUUCCUUUCUCAGAAUGCAGACGUUAAUAAAAGUCACGUCACGUAUUUACAAAGCAAGUGCUGUUUCGGGAAGAUUGGACCAUCGACUCUGGUCAGACCACGGAAUUCAGCUAACCACAAAGGUCGGUAUCUACAGAACAGUAGUUCCGACAACAUUGCCGUAUACGUGUGAGGCUUGGACAUGAUAUCACUAACACCUCAGACACCUUGAUCAGUUUCGUCUCAGAUACUUUUGCAAGAUCUUUGGCAUGUCCUAGAAGGACAUGGUACCCAACACCACCGUAAUCCCUUUGGGAGGACCCCUCUGUAAAGCACUUUUAGUAAAGUGGGUAUCCUCAAUAAAGAUUUACGUUACCCGCAAUUUAGGGGAAUCGAAGUACUCCUCAUGAAGAGCCAGCUCCGCCGGAUGGGCAGGACAUCUUAUCCGCAUGGAAGAUAACCGUAUUCCAAAUGCUAUUUCCUAUGGAGAAGUAUUCAGCGGUUGA